GUUAGAAAGCCCGCACCUUAUUGGUUAGACACUGUGGGUGUUGAAAGGGGGAUAGCAAGUUUGCCUCAACUGGAAGGAAGGAACGGUGGCGAACUAUAAAGGGAGAUCCGGUGUAGGAGAUGCGGGAAGCCUUGCGCCUGGUAGUAUUAGCAGUCCCUAUGGGUUUGCUGUUGUCCAGGACCAUGGCGUGGAUAUCCAGUGGCAGAACGCAUUCAGAGCUCAUCACCAGGAUGAGGGAUCAUGGGGUGAUCCGCAGUGACAGAGUAUUUGAUGUCAUGAUGGCUACAGACAGAGGGCUCUACUCCAGAGAUUAUCCUUAUGCAGACUCCCCUCAGUCCAUAGGCUACAGGGCGACCAUCAGUGCACCACACAUGCAUGCUCAUGCUUUAGAGCUGUUAAGUGACAAACUAACAGAAGGGGCAUCAGCACUGGAUGUGGGCUCAGGAAGCGGGUAUCUCACUGCCUGCUUUGCAAGAAUGACAGGACCUAGCGGGAGAGUGGUCGGCAUUGAACACAUCAACGAACUGGUUCAAAUGUCAAUAAAAAACGUGCAAGCUGACGACCCAGAACUGCUCUCCUCUGGACGCAUCAGAUUUGUAGUGGGAGACGGAAGACUCGGCUUCCCCGACGGAGCACCCUAUGAUGCUAUUCAUGUUGGUGCAGCUGCAGCUACUGUUCCUAGGGCUCUCUUGGAGCAGCUGAAGGCGGGCGGGAAAUUGGUUCUGCCAGUGGGCCCAGAAAGGGGCAGUCAAGUGCUACAACAGUAUGAUCGCCGGAGUGAUGGGACCUUCCUCAGUAAAACUCUGAAGCGAGUGAUUUAUGUUCCCCUCACUGACAAGAGACAUCAGUGGCCUGGCAGUGAGCUCUGACUGCAGUGUGGUUGCCCCUGCAGGAGGUGGGGAUGGUGCUGCAUCUCCGGGGCCCCAUCCUGAACCCCACUCUUAACGACCACCUGCCCCGCUGGAUUGUCACCUAGCAACGUACAAUGAGGAUCCUGCUCUGUUUGCCUGACCAGAUUGCCUUUCAAGAGUGUUGAAAUAGUGGCUGAAUGAGUGACCACUGCUGGACUGAUGACCUCACUCCCAUUGGACAAAGCAAUGGUUCACAUUUAUAUUUAUGGGUAAGUCAGUGAAGCUCAGCCGUGACAAAACUGCAGUUGCACCUUAAAGAGCGACAGUAUGACUUCAGGUCAGCUGAAUGGAAACUAGUUGAAAUUGUGUGCAAUCUUGUGGGAAUUAUUUGCUUAUGAAUGUAGUAACACAUAACACAAACCCAAAUAAAAGCCAAGGAAUUUUAUUGAAAAGUAAUCUAUAUUUUGUCGUAAGGAUUGCUUCUUACUCACUUUACAUACUGUAUGAUAGGAUAUGUACAGCUUGACAUUGUUACAGACGGGGUAUUGUGCCAAAAACUGAUUGAGGCACAUAAUGUUUUGCAACUAUAUAAAUAUUGCAAUUAUGUGUAUACUUCUCAGAUUUAUUAAUAAAGCCCAUUAAGUGGAUAGUAAUGUCACUCUUUACUGAAAAUUAAUGUGUGAUUAUUGGAUCACAAGCUCUAAAAGUUGUGUAUCUGUGUAAUACUCAGGUACAAAGUGAGCAGGGGUCAUGAGAAUAUACACUAGGGUAAAUUCAGGCAUGCUGGAAAAUAGGUCAUUUGGGACAGCAUAAGAAAACAGCAGUGCACUUCUGCCUUGAAAAGUAUAAGUCUAAACAAUUGGUGCUGAGACCUCACUGAGGAAGCACGGCACAAUUUCUGUGACAUCACGUGGGAGAGUGUGGUCAGCAUCAAACAGGAAGUUGACUCCAAAAAACAAGGUAUGAGAAAUGAUAUGCUUAAGAUUGAUUGUAAUACAAAGGUAUCAAAUUUGAAUGAUUAAUA